AUGGAGGGAGCGUUCAACCACCUGGGGAACCACCUCCUAAGUGACUCGGCAGCCGCGAUCAAGGCCGGCGCCGACGAUUUUACCGGCAUCGAACCCGACGACAGUUUCCUCUACGGCAAGUUCGGCGGUCGUGGUGGCCGCCGCCGCGCCGAUGACGAUGACAACCAAACGGAGCUCUACGACGAUGAAGACAACGAUAGCUUGACGAGCAUGCCCGUUGGGGCCCUGAAGGAUUUGAGCCUCGGAAGACCCCAGGAGGAAGAUAGGGAGCUUCCUCCCCACGCUUGCGCGUAUUGUGGGAUUCAUUCCCCGAGUUCCGUCGUCAAGUGCCUUGGCUGCAACAAAUGGUUUUGUAGUGCCCGCGGCAAUGCGACUUCUUCCCACAUUGUCAACCAUUUGGUGAGAGCUCGACACAAAGAGGUUCAGCUUCACCCCGAAUCCACCCUAGGUGAUACCGUGCUGGAGUGCUACAACUGCGGAACUAAGAACGUUUUUCUUCUCGGCUUCAUCCCUGCCAAGUCGGAUACCGUCGUUGUGCUCUUGUGCCGUCAGCCAUGUGCCGCGAACACUUCUUCCAAGGAUAUGAGCUGGGACACUUCUCGAUGGCAACCCCUGAUUGAGGAGCGAGCUUUUCUGACCUGGCUCGUUGCCACUCCGUCCGAUGCUGAGCAGCUUCGAGCUCGGCACCUGACACCGCCCAUGAUCGCGAAGUUGGAGGAGAUGUGGAAGGAGAACGCGACCGCGACUGUUGCGGACCUCGAAAAGGCUGCUAGCAUCGAUGACGACCCGCACCCCGUCUUGCUCAAGUACGACGACCCCUAUCACUACCAGAACAUCUUUGGCCCUCUGGUCAAGAUGGAGUCCGACUACGACAAGAAGCUCAAGGAGGCGCAGUCCGAGGACGGUCUCACCGUUCGCUGGGAUUACGGACUCAACAACAAGCAUCUGGUCAGCUUCGAACUGCAUAAGAUAGAGUCUGGUGACGUCAAACUGGCUGUUGGCGAUGAGAUGCGGCUCCGCUACAAGGGCGAGCUCCGUCCGGCCUGGGAGGGAGUCGGCUAUGUCAUCAAGAUCCCCAACAACCAGUCUGACGAAGUCACUCUCGAGCUGCGUAAGGCCGGCAACGAGAAGCAAGUCCCCACUGAGUGUACCCACAACUUCUCGGCAGACUACGUGUGGAAGGCGACGUCGUAUGACCGCAUGCAGUAUGCGAUGAAGACAUUCGCCGUGGACGACAUGAGUGUCUCGGGAUACAUCUUCCACAAGCUGCUGGGUCAUGAUGUCGCGGUUGCGCCGAUGAAGACGACCAUGCCUAAGAAGUUCAGCGUUCCUGGCCUCCCCGACCUCAACACGAGCCAGAUCGCCGCCAUCAAGGCCGUACUGUCGACCCCGCUCAGCUUGAUCCAGGGCCCUCCGGGUACCGGCAAGACUGUGACUUCGGCAACCAUUAUUUACCACCUGUGCAAGAUGAACAAUGGACAAGUCCUUGUUUGUGCCCCAUCCAACGUCGCCGUCGACCAGCUCUGCGAGCGCAUUCACCGCACUGGUCUCAAGGUCGUUCGUCUCACAGCCAAAUCCCGCGAGGAUGUCGAGUCGUCCGUAAGCUUCCUUGCGCUCCAUGAGCAGGUCCGUAUGAACGACAGCAACGGAGAGCUAGUCAAGCUUGCACAGCUCAAGAGUGAGCUUGGCGAGCUAUCCAGCCAGGACGAGAAGAAGUUCAAGCAGCUCACCAAGGCGGCCGAGAGAGACAUCCUUCACAACGCCGACGUUGUCUGCUGCACUUGUGUUGGCGCUGGUGAUCCUCGCCUGUCCAAGAUGAAGUUUCGCAACGUCCUCAUCGAUGAGUCGACCCAAUCCGCCGAGCCUGAGUGCAUGAUUCCUCUUGUCCUUGGGUGUAAGCAGGUUGUCCUUGUCGGCGAUCACAAGCAACUGGGCCCUGUCAUCAUGAACAAGAAGGCCGCGAAGGCAGGUCUCAACCAGUCUCUUUUCGAGCGUCUCGUCAACCUGCGAUUGGUGCCUAUUCGCCUGAACAUACAGUACCGCAUGCACCCAUGUCUAUCGGAGUUCCCUUCCAACAUGUUCUACGACGGGUCUCUCCAGAACGGCGUCACGGUCAAGGAUCGCGUCCGCCGCGAUGUGGACUUCCCUUGGCCUGUCGUUGACAUGCCGAUGAUGUUCUGGUCCAACUUGGGCAAUGAGGAAAUCUCGGCUUCCGGAACGUCGUACCUGAACCGCACUGAGGCGUCCAACGUGGAGAAGGUUGUCACUCGCUUCUUCAAGGCGGGAGUCAAGCCUCUGGACAUCGGCGUCAUCACUCCGUACGAGGGACAGCGAAGCUACAUCGUGAGCACCAUGCAGAACACGGGCACAUUCAAGAAGGAGAGCUACAAGGAGGUCGAGGUUGCUUCUGUCGAUGCCUUCCAGGGUCGUGAGAAGGACUUUAUCGUUCUGUCUUGCGUCCGUUCCAACGACAACCAAGGCAUCGGCUUCCUUUCGGACCCGCGCCGCCUCAACGUCGCCCUGACCCGUGCUAAGUACGGCCUUGUCAUCAUCGGUAACCCCAAGGUCCUUUCCAAGCAUGAGCUGUGGCACCACUUGCUUGUCCAUUUCAAGGACCGCAAGUGCUUGGUCGAGGGACCUUUGACCAACCUGCAGACUUCGCUAUUGCAGUUUGGAAAGCCGAGAACCGCUUACCGCCAAAAGAUGAGCCAGCCCCCUCAGUUCAACGCAGGCGGCCCCCCCAACGGCGGCAACCGCUUCAACGGCGCUGGCUCGACGCGCGACUUUGAUUCGGGCUCGUUGAUGUCGUACAUCCCUGACGAUGUUUCGUCCAUCCACAGCUCCCUGGGUGGCGCCGGCCUGAACACCACUUACCCUCCUAUCUUUUCGAGCUUCACGCCCGAUCAGUGGCCGGGUCUGCCGGGUGUUCCUGGUACGGGACGGUCCGGCAACAAGAGAGGGGGUCGUGGCACUGAGAGCAUUGCGGGCGAGAGUGUUGCCAACUCGGAAUACACGGACGCCAGCGCCAGCGUCAUCGGCGCCAAGGGUGUUGGUCAGGGUGGUGUCAGCUUGGGCGCCGGUCUUCAAGAUGCCAUCCACGGCAUGCGCCCGGCGUCAUACAGUCACAGCGAUCGGUUGAAGCACUACGUCGAAAGCGGCGGUCGCAUGGGAGCCGGCAACGGCUUCGGCCGGCGGUACGACGACGACGAGAAGAGCGUCAGCACCGCGUUCCACAGCCAGAUUGGUGGCGGAUUUGACUGA